UGUGCGUGAGAGGGAGACUGGGAGGGAGGAGGGAGAGCGCCGUCGCUUCCUCCCAUCACUGAAGCAAUAAUCUGUUAGGAAUUUUUUUUUCCUUUUUUUUUUCUUUUUUUUUCCUUUUUUUUUUCUUUUUUAUUUUUUUUAAAUGUGGGCAACUAUCACUCCAGAGGUAAGAAGGGGGAGAGAAGCACCGCCAGACCAACUCUGUCAUUUCCAGUAAGAAGUUGCAGACUUGAUGUAGCUGUCUCUGCUGUGGUGAGAGAGGGAUGGAAAUUGCGUGCAGUGCAGAGUGGAGAAUACUCCCCGUCUAAAGAAGUGCACCGGAUUUUUGCUUGCUGCUUGUUUGCGCUGUUGCGUGCGCGUUAAGCACCCGAAGGAUCGCCGCUUAAUAGAAAUGAAACGUGGAGAGGAUGACUAACGACGGAACUGUGAAUUUGUUCCCUGGAGUUGCUAAUUUGCCACCCCGAAGCAACACAUAUCUCAAGGAGGAAGCGUUUGGCUGCUGCUGAUUUCUCCAAAACUGGUGGUUUACCAGAUGCAUUGUGCUGUAUCUGCUGGAACAGAUCAUUGCUUAGCUGCAGCAGAUCGUCAAAGGUAGACAACCAACGGAGAGGAUCAGUAUUUCGGAUUCAGUUGGUGCUGGUGGCAAAGGAUCACCUACUCCCUGUCUCUGCAUCCCUACCUGCAUCACUCUGCUGGAAGUAAUCACGGGCAGCAGCUCCCGUGCUGCUUAAUGCAGAUAAGUGCUGUCUCCAAAUAAGAAAUGAGAUGUAAUGCAUCCUGCAGUCCAUGCAUGCCUCCUCUUGCAAAUCGCGCAUCAUUUCUGUGUGGAAACCUUUAAGUCCUAAAACCCAGGAAAAGAGAAUAAAAACAUUAUCAUGGACCUGAGGGAAUUUUACUUGUUGGCCGCUUUGAUUGCCUGUUUAAGGCUGGAUUCUGCUGUGGCUCAAGAACUUAUUUACACUAUUAGAGAGGAGCUGCCUGAAAACGUCCCCAUAGGAAACAUACCAAAGGAUCUGAACAUUUCUCACAUCAAUGCUGCCACGGGGACCAGUGCCAGCCUUGUCUACAGACUGGUGUCCAAAGCAGGGGAUGCCCCUCUGGUCAAAGUGUCCAGUACCACCGGGGAGAUCUUUACAACAUCAAACAGAAUAGACAGAGAAAAACUCUGCGCUGGCGCUUCCUAUGCAGAAGAAAACGAGUGUUUCUUUGAACUUGAAGUGGUGAUUCUCCCCAAUGACUUUUUUAGGCUGAUCAAGAUAAAAAUAAUUGUGAAGGAUACUAAUGACAAUGCACCUAUGUUUCCAUCCCCUGUCAUCAAUAUCUCCAUACCAGAAAACACUCUGAUCAACAGUCGCUUUCCAAUCCCAUCAGCAACAGAUCCCGAUACAGGUUUCAACGGUGUGCAGCACUAUGAGUUGUUGAACGGACAGAGUGUCUUUGGCCUGGAUAUCGUAGAAACUCCAGAAGGAGAGAAAUGGCCUCAACUGAUUGUGCAGCAGAACUUGGAUAGAGAGCAAAAGGACACCUACGUGAUGAAAAUCAAAGUGGAGGAUGGAGGGACCCCGCAGAAAUCCAGCACAGCUAUCCUGCAAGUCACAGUAAGUGAUGUCAAUGAUAACAGGCCAGUUUUUAAAGAGAGUCAAGUAGAGGUUCAUAUACCAGAGAAUGCGCCUGUAGGCACUUCUGUAAUUCAGCUUCAUGCUACAGAUGCAGAUAUAGGAAGCAAUGCAGAAAUCAGAUAUAUUUUUGGUGCCCAAGUUGCCCCUGCGACCAAAAGAUUUUUUGCUUUAAACAACACCACAGGGCUGAUCACGGUUCAGAGGUCCUUAGAUCGGGAAGAGACUGCUAUUCACAAAGUGACAGUGCUGGCUAGUGAUGGUAGCUCUACACCAGCUCGGGCAACUGUGACCAUCAAUGUCACUGAUGUAAACGAUAACCCUCCGAACAUAGACCUCAGGUACAUAAUAAGUCCCAUCAAUGGCACAGUGUACUUAUCUGAGAAAGAUCCUGUCAAUACAAAGAUUGCUCUAAUUACGGUUUCAGAUAAGGACACUGAUGUGAAUGGCAAAGUGAUCUGUUUCAUUGAGAGAGAGGUCCCCUUCCACCUGAAGGCAGUUUACGACAACCAGUAUUUGUUAGAGACCUCUUCCUUGUUGGACUAUGAGGGCACCAAAGAAUUCAGCUUUAAAAUUGUGGCUUCCGAUUCUGGCAAGCCCAGUUUGAACCAGACUGCCCUGGUAAGAGUUAAGCUGGAGGAUGAAAAUGACAACCCUCCGAUUUUCAGCCAGCCUGUAAUUGAGCUGUCAGUUUCUGAAAACAACCGUCGUGGUCUAUACUUAACAACUAUUAGUGCCACAGAUGAAGACAGUGGGAAAAAUGCAGACAUUGUUUAUCAGCUUGGCCCUAAUGCCUCCUUUUUCGAUCUGGAUCGAAAGACAGGAGUUCUGACAGCCUCCAGAGUUUUUGACAGAGAAGAGCAGGAGCGUUUCAUUUUCACUGUUACAGCCCGAGACAAUGGCACCCCUCCUUUGCAGAGUCAAGCAGCUGUAAUUGUUACUGUGUUGGAUGAAAAUGACAACAGUCCAAAAUUUACUCAUAAUCACUUUCAGUUUUUUGUAUCGGAGAACCUACCAAAGUACAGCACUGUGGGGGUGAUCACGGUGACUGACGCAGAUGCUGGGGAAAACAAAGCGGUGACCCUUUCCAUCCUCAAUGACAAUGACAACUUUGUGCUGGAUCCCUUCUCUGGAGUUAUAAAGUCCAAUGUUUCUUUUGAUCGAGAACAGCAGAGCUCCUACACCUUUGAUGUUAAGGCAGUUGAUGGAGGACAACCUCCUCGCUCUUCCACAGCGAAAGUGACCAUAAAUGUCAUGGACGUUAAUGAUAACAGUCCUGUUGUCAUCUACCCACCUUCUAAUACUUCUUUUAAACUAGUGCCACUCUCUGCAAUUCCAGGAUCAGUGGUAGCAGAAGUGUUUGCAGUAGAUAUCGACACCGGAAUGAACGCUGAACUGAAGUACACAAUAGUGAGUGGAAAUAACAAAGGUUUGUUUCGGAUUGAUCCAGUGACAGGUAACAUCACUCUGGAAGAAAAACCAACUCCUAAUGAUGUCGGGCUGCAUCGCUUAGUUGUCAACAUAAGUGAUUUGGGUUAUCCCAAAUCUUUGCAUACUCUUGUGCUUGUUUUUUUGUAUGUAAAUGAUACUGCUGGAAAUGCCUCUUAUAUUUAUGACUUGAUACGCAGGACUAUGGAAACACCUUUGGACCGGAACAUAGGAGACAGUAGCCAACCCUACCAAAACGAGGACUAUCUCACGAUCAUGAUUGCUAUUGUGGCAGGUGCCAUGGUUGUCAUAGUGGUGAUAUUUGUCACUGUUCUUGUUCGCUGCCGGCACGCAUCCAGAUUCAAAGCUGCCCAGAGGAGCAAACAAGGUGCUGAGUGGAUGUCUCCCAAUCAGGAGAACAAGCAAAACAAGAAAAAGAAAAGGAAGAAAAGGAAAUCUCCUAAGAGUUCUCUUUUGAACUUUGUGACCAUUGAGGAGUCCAAACCUGAUGAUGCAGUUCACGAACCCAUCAACGGGACAAUAAGCCUUCCAGCAGAGCUGGAGGAGCAAAGUAUAGGAAGAUUUGAUUGGGGCACAGCACCACCAACAACCUUUAAGCCUAACAGUCCUGAUCUUGCCAAGCAUUACAAAUCUGCCUCUCCGCAGUCUGCUUUUCAUCUCAAACCUGACACUCCCGUUUCAGUGAAAAAGCACCACGUGAUUCAGGAACUCCCUUUGGACAACACCUUUGUUGGUGGCUGUGACACCCUUUCCAAACGCUCUUCCACUAGUUCAGAUCACUUCAGUGCCUCAGAGUGCAGUUCCCAAGGAGGCUUCAAGACAAAGGGCCCCUUACACACCAGACAGGUAAACGAGCACUUUUACUGGUCUAUAAGUACUGCAUACAAGUGCCCGAUCAACCAGUAUUGAAAGUGCCAGUAUGUUCUUUCUUUUUGUUUCAGUCUAAUUUAGCUUAGUUAUAUUAUGGGGGGAACAAAAAAAAACAAAAAAAAAUCCCACAAAAAACAAAACCAACCAACCAAACAAAAAUACUCAACCCCAUUAUCACUUACCUGGGGCUUACCCAUGCAUUUUCAAAAUGCCUCUGGUACUUUGGAUUCUGAAGAUUACUAAUUUUUAAAGGACUGUAUGUGUCCCUGCAUAUGCACAUGCAUAUGCAUAAACAGACAUUUUUUUUUUUCUCCCCAGUAUUUGACUAUCCAAAUGUAAAUGUUACUGAAGAAAAAACCUCUUUUAUGCCAAAUUUCAGUCUGAAAAAUGUGACUGUUUCAAGAUUGAAGGGAUGUGUACAUUCAAUGUCAAAUUUCAAAGUGAGUUGGCUUGAGUUUCUUUUACAGUUCAAGCUGAUACGGAACUUUGUUAAGUUAGUGCUACUAAAGGGGUUAAUUUUUUUCCCUAACAAAGACAGCUGAAUUUCCAAGCUACUUCAUCUGUGAAGCAUGUGGUUGGUUCUUAGAAUAUAACUAAGCCAUACGGAAGUCUUCCUCUGUUUUGAGUAUAAAUGAUUUGUUGUAAUAGAUUAAAGUUGGUAUUGCAUAGACAGUUUGUUGCAUAUUUUGAAAAAAUGGCCAAAGCAUACUUUCAAAAGGAAUGCGUUCUCUGAAUACAUCUGAAUUAUGCAGAAAAAAGUCAGCCCAUUGUAAAUAUUUUCUCAUCUUAGUAAUGCAUAAGUGAUCUGUCAUAACUCGUUUUAAACUGUGAAAUACGCCAUAUGAAGAGGGAUUAGGAGGCUGAGAAACUCAUAUUUCAACCAAAUCCAGCAUUAGUUUUUCUUAGGUCUAAUAAUUCCUUGCUAAUAAAGAUUUAAAUGCAGCGCUGUCUAAUUUAUUUUAUUGGUGCUUGUCUUUUGCCACUAAAUUAGAAUGUCAGUAUAGCCUGUAGAUGGCACUAAGGUACUAUGUCGCUUACGCUGGCCCGGUGCCAGUCCUGCAGUAGGUAGGAAAAGGGGGGAGGGAAGGAUCAAGCUGAUAUUCCAGCCAAAGAAUCUUUUAUUUAAUGGUAGUUGCACUGGACUGGUCAGUAGUUAAGUUCGUGUGUUUACAAAGCAGCUUUCCAAGUGCUUACCUUCCCCUGCACCAACUUUUUAGGUGUUAGAAAUCACUUUCGUACGCCUGUUGGCAUUGUACCCUCCAAGUUAUGGUGAUUUCUCGGAAUUUAUUAGAGAUACGAAUCUUACAGAAUCAAGCAAGACACAUUCAGGCUUGUCUUUGCAAAAAGAUUUUGACAGUAGCCAAGUUUAGGAUAAAGUCAUUCUCUUGCUGUUACAUUAGCCUUAUCUGAGAUGAAUGUGAUGUACCCAGAGCUGUGUCUUGACUUUGGGUGUCUGUAAGGUGUCACACUAACAAGAUACUAAGAAUAAAACAAGUGCUUUUGAGGCAGCUCUGCUAAAGUAACUACUUUGAGACAACUGAUACAGUGAGAUACUGAAAACAUCUUAGAAGAUUCUCAUGAAACCGUCACCUUUCUAAGAAAUUGAAAUUGUGGUGAAGUCCGGGAGGAGUUUUCAAGCUGCUGUACAGCACCAUAUACAUACUGUCUGCAUAAGUUUAGAAAAAGAUCUCAUUUAAAAUCAACAAAAAAAUCUGUAGAAGAGCUCUGCAUUAUCAGUGGUUAUUUGGCUGAAGUUUUCAUAAGAUUUUUUUCCCCGUUUUAGUUACAAAAUGUAACACCCCCAACCCACACGUUGCUUUUCUGUUCAGAGAUGUUGUUAAAUUAGCUUAAAUUAGCUCUCCAAACUCUGUUAAGAAACUCAGACUUAAUCCCCCACAGUAUAUUGGGGAAGUUAAGGUCUGAAGUAUGAUUUACCUGACAGAAUGUAUAUGCUCUGCACAGUGAAAUUGAAUAUGAGAAAAAUAUAAUUUAGGAAAAAAAACCAAAAACAAAAAACAGAAAAAAACCCUACAGGCAGUAUUUUCAGUUACUUGUGUUCAUUACAUUAAAUGUAUUGGUUUCAUUUUAAUAAUCAUCUGUAUUCCUCUAUAUGGAUGUGAUUCAAGUUUCACUGAAGUCUUAUUAAAUCCUCUCUGAAGUCAGCAAAUACUCAUAUCAUGUGAUUUGAAUCACUCCCUGCAAAAGCUGCAAUAUUACAUCUAACUGCAAAUAUAACUCUCCUUUAGACAGGCCGUUGUCUAAACUGGGUUUAUGUAUUUUUAUUCUGUGGGGAAGGAGGAGGUGGUGGUGAGAUUUUAUUGUUGUUUUUUCCCAGUGAUGCAUGUUACAGGAAGUAACCUUAUGUCCCCUUAGCAUUCUUGGCUGGAGGAGUGCAGCCAACAAUGGUAGUAAUCAUUAGCAGUCUUUGUACUAUUCUUUCUGUAAUUCCUGGGAUUAGGAUGCAUCUUGGCUAACAUUCACUGGCACUGCAGUUAAAUACGCUUUCAUAGGUCUUUCAUAGGUCUUUUAAUUAGAUUUUUAUAAAGUAU